UUCUUAAAUUCCUUUUCUAAACGCGAUUGCGAGUGAAUGUGAGUGCUACGAGAAAACAGCAAAAAGGGAAAAGAGAUCUGGAAAAACAUCGAGCGAUGUGCAGAACAACGAUAAGUAAUUUUUAAAUUGCGAAAAAAAUUACUUGCCACUAGAAGAAGCGAUGAGCAAUAUAAUUCUACGAUGGUAGUGCAUCAACCCUAGCGAAUAGUAAGCCAAUUAAUUAGCCUGAUGCGUAACGGUUGCAAGUAUCAUCGAUUUGUACCAAUCAAUCGAGCUUGUGGAGGGUUACAGUAAAACAAUAUUCAACACGAGAGAUUCGCGAAACGAAAGCAAAGAAACUCGUGGAAAAACACGCAGGGAAUAACGAAAACAAGUGGUUUAGUGAGAAGCAAAAAAGCGAGACGAGAUGCCGAUUGACUGUUAUUAUUUGCCGCCAAGUCCACCUUGUCGUACCGUUAUGUUACUCGCAAAAGCGCUGGGCAUUCAUUUUAAUAUUAAAAUUGUGAAUGUCAUGAACGGAGAACAUAUGAAUCCGGAAUUUGUACAGAUAAAUCCGCAACAUGUGAUACCAACCAUCGACGAUAACGGUUUUAUUCUAUGGGAAAGUCGUCCUAUUAUGGCAUAUUUGGUUAAUAAAUAUGCAAAAAAUGACGCUCUUUAUCCGGAAGAUCCAAAACAAAAGGCAAUAGUCGACCAGAUGAUGAAUUUCGAUGCUGGCAGUCUCUAUUACAAUUUAAUCAAAUGUUACAUACCAGUGAUGCGAGGUCAGGCUUCUUCCAUUAAGGAGGAAGAUCUGGAAAAAGUUAAGAGAUCAUUCGAGGUUCUCAAUCUCCUCCUCGAGGGUAAAGAAUUCGCGGCCGGCGAUAACUUGACUAUCGCCGAUUUCACUAUUAGCACAACAAUAUGUUUGAUAUUGUGUUUCGACUUUGACAUCGGCCCUUACGAUAACGUCGUCGCGUAUUACGAUCGUUGCAAGGGGUGCCUGGAGAAAUUCGGAUUCGAGGAGGUGCACGCCAUGGGUGUUAAAAUGUUUACCGAGGUCUAUCACGCAAAUUUGCAAGAAUCCAGUUAAGGUGGAUAUGGCGAUGGAUAUUUUUGCGCGCUUAGAGUAGAGGAUCGAUAAUACUUCGUUUACCUGCGAUCGAGAUUAGACAUGAAAUCCUAUUGUUACCUUAUAGAAUUUAAAUUCACUUUUUCCCUUCUAGCUGUUUCUAGCACUAUAACAUACUUUUGAAAUCAAAUAAUGCCAAUAUUUUAAGAGAAUUACGUAGUUCAAUUAAUAAAUCUUUUUUUGUUACAUUAAUUGUCAGAUUUUUUUUUUAAU